CUUUUUCUUUUUCUUCAUUGUUCCUCUUUUCUUUGCUUUUCUUUUUCUCUUCCUGUGUGCAGCUUCUUUUCUUAUUCCUGUUGGCUGCUGUCUUGGAAUCUGAUCGGCUUGAAAACUCUGCUCCUCCUUUUUCUUCAUUUUUUGGUUGGCACCCGCUGCUUGGCGGCGCUGGUCGCGAGGCGCAUCUCUAGUGCAAAGUGUCCUCUGCAGCUGCGGCUAUAUCAACGGCUGAGAGCUGCGACUCUCGUCCUGUGGCUUCUUCGAUUCUCGAUUCUCGCUUCCCAGUGUCUGGCUUCUCUCCAUUUGUAGCGCUGAUCUGGACUGAAACAUUCCUUCGUCGCCAAUCCCGCAAUGCGAUUCUCCGUGUCGCUGGCUGCCCUCCUGGGCGCCGGCCUGACUGAGGCUCAGUACCUCAUUAGCGAGAUGAGCUUUGGAUAUGCAGGGCGAAUAAGCCCCGCAGACAACCCUGGCGUCAUCCCCAACUUCGUCGUCUCCGGCCAGCCAAGCAAACCCGAGAUCCUCUCCAGCAAGGUCAUCCUCACCCCCGUUGCGCCAGGCAAUGCGCGCGGUGCGAUAUGGAGCGAGCAGUCCUUGAAGCACCCGAACUUCAUCGUCGACGUCGACUUCCGUGCUAGCGGUCCCGAUCGAGCUGGAGGCAACUUCAAUAUCUGGCUGGCAAACCAUGGAAAGGACAUUGGCGCCAAGAGCGUCUACAGCGCGGGUCGGUUUGAGGGAUUGGUGCUGGUGAUUGAUUCGCAUGGCGGCCAGGGCGGAAUGCUCCGCGGUUUCCUCAAUGACGGGUCGGUGGACUAUUCGCAGCACCACAGCGUGGAUCAGCUAGCCUUUGGUCACUGCCAGUACAGCUACCGCAACUUGGGACGCCCAUCGCAAAUCAAGAUGCGCCAGACGUCAACCAGCUUCAGGGUCCAGAUCGAUGGCAAGACUUGCUUUGAGACUGACCGGGUCAGCUUGCCGACGGGAUACGAUGUUGGUGUGACUGCCUCCACUCCUGACAACCCCGACUCGUUUGAGAUUUUCAAGAUGGUGGUCAUGUCAGAUACCUCUAGCCACGACACCAAUUCUAACAACGGUGAUAACAACAAUAAUAACAACAACAACGGUAACAACAACAACAACAACAAUAACAAUAACAACAAUGGCAACGCCAACGGCGGCAGCAACGUCCUUUACAAAAAGCAGUCGAGCAGUGGUGAUGAGUCCUUUGUGGACCUUGUCGACGAAGAGGCCGACGUCUUCCAGACCUCCAAGUCCCAGUUCCAGGACCUGCACAACCGCCUCCAGGGCACCAACCACCAGCUCUCAUCGGUAUACCGCUCCGUCUCCCGCCACCACCAGAUGGAUGAGCAGCGCCACAAUGAGAUCAAGGAUCUGCUUGCUGCUCUGCAAAGCAAGGUCGAGCUGCUUGAUGAAAUCUCUUCUUUCCGGCAACGCAUUGUUGCGCUGGAGAACGAGGUGCGCAACAUGAACAACGAGCUACACAAGAAGCUCCAGGACAACGAACGAUCGGUGCAGGGCGCCCUCAGAGUUCAUCACAACUCCUUGACUCAGAGAGUCGCUGAGAGCGUUCCUGGACAUGGAAAGCUGAUUGCUGUGAUUAUCGGAACUCAGGUCGUCUUGGUCGUGGGCUAUGUGCUGUACAAGCGACGGAGAGCGAAUUCACCAAAGAAGUACUUGUGAUUUGGCACUGACUAGGUCCCAGACCAGAUGACGAUGAUAUGCUUGACGUUUUUUUGACGCGAGUUUUAUGAGUGCGAUGUGGAGGGCUCUUUGUAUAAACAAAAGGCGUAUUUACCAUUUUUUGUCGUUGUCGUAGAUUUUCAAGUUAUAUAGCAUGCAUGAGUUGGAUCAAAUAAGAUACAUAGCAUUUCCUGUUCAACUU